CUGCCCGCCCAUUCAGCAAUCUCAUCCAUUACCCCAGGCCUGAUUCCCCGCUCUAAGGCCCUUCCAGAGACCGAUCCCUUGGUGACGUGGUCUGGCCCAAGCCAAUAGAAGGGAUCAGAUGCAAGACACUUUCUCAGCCAUGUAGAUGGCGGCCAGGAACCCCCGGUUACUCACUGGUUCGGCACGCAAAUCAGUCCCGUCAUGCUAAACAAAGUGUGGACGCCCGAAACCGAUCCCUGGUACGUGAUUCGACACUAGCAUGUGCGCACAUGCUGCCAGGAACGGGCUGAGACUGCACACUGGUAUCAUGAGUCUCUCUCGAUCGGAACGGCCUAUGGUUUCCCUGUUGCCAUGUGGUGGGCUUUGGGCCACCAAAGCCUCCAUUGCCGGUACCGUUGGGGUGGUUUCAGUCUGUGAAGACACCCAACGCUCUGUGCAACGGUUUGGAACCCAGCCCAACCUGGGUUUAGGGCAAGUCGCCGUACUUGAUUGGCCCUCGGCCAUUCAUCUAUUCGAUACUCUAGGGAUCGACGUGCUCAGCCCCUAGAGUUCCGCGUCGACUAGUCCAUGUUGGAGGUAUGAAAUUCUCUCGUUGCUCGGAAACUUCUGAAGCUGUUUGUCCAAGGGUAGUGGUUGCGGACGGGAACGAGGCCGCUCGCUUCCAUCCAACUGGGUGCGGCAACUUCGGCAAGUUUGAAAAGCAGAUAGAGGCGACCACCCAAUCCACCCCCUCCGUCCCUCCCUAUCCGCAGGAGCAAGACGCAUAUUCGCAAGGGAUGAGACCAAGAGGGUUAAGGAGAGCCUUAGUUCAAAUGCCUUCUCUACUUAACGCGCGGCCCUGAUACAUCACUCAAGCUCUC